AUGGGUCGACCGUGCAUCACAGGCUCCAGUAAGCGCCGAAAGCAAUACAAACGAGUUGCCGUGGCCUACGGCGACAAGCGAGACGUCCUCAAGUUUCUCAACAAGGGCAACUUCAUCAAGGCCACCAUUCUGCACUUCUACGGGCAGCUCACACGAAAAGACCACAGAGCAAAAGAAAAGCAGAUCAGCAAAUGGAAAAAGGCCUCCGCUUCAAUACAGUCAGCGUGUGCAUCUGGGCGAGCACGCCAUCUUAACUCUCGGAAGCUCGGAGACGGCACCGUCUUGAGCCUCGAGGCAGAAGAAGAGAUCGUCCGGUGGAUCAACACAUUUAGGAAGGAAGGAAUUCCUGUGUCCCGGUUCAUGCUGAAAACAAAGGCAAUGGAAGUGGCUAAGGAAUCUGAUAUUGCUCCCGACAAGUUCUCCGCCUCCUCAACUUGGAUGAAGCUGUUCAUGAGGCGACCCAGACUGUCGUUG